AUGCUGGUACAAAUACCUCACUCCGCCGCGUCCCCGACGCUGUCCCCCUCAAGGCCCAAGAGAGCCAGGGAGGAGUCGGAGCAGGGGGCUCCUGGGCCGAGCUCGCCGCGUCCAAUCAAGCGAGCCCGCAGCGAGGAGGCGCAAGAGGGCGAUGCCGCCCCCGGUGAUGCCUGGGCUCCCGCCGAGAUCGAGGUAGACAUGGAUUACGACCCGUCGUCCCCGGGGAUCAAAGUCGAGCUUGAGGACGAGCCGAUGUACGACGUGGAGCAGGGGCCAGAAGAGGCCGACCAGGCCAUGCCCGAUGUGGCGCCCCACGAGCCGGCGCCCCAGACCUGCGAUGACUGGGCGGUCGGCUGGGUUAGCCCCGAAAUGGACCUCCCUAUGCUCGAGCUUGGCCCAGAGCCGUGGGUGAUAUCCCUGUAUGAGCAGAUGAUGGGCAAGGAGCAAUCCAUCUGCGAGCUGGAGUAUCCGCAGCCGCUGAUGAUGGAUCCGAUCCACGAGAUGGGGGCCUGGAACCUGCGGCCCGACGACGAGCUUUCCGACGAGAUAAGGAGAGCCUGGCCAUGA